GCAAUUCCAGUUCUCUGGGAAAGUGGAAUGGGCUGGCACUGCCCGGCGUGAUUUGUGAGGCUGGGCCCCAACAGUCCAAAACCAGCCAGCGUGCCGCCUCCUCAGGGGGGCUCGCUGCCGGCGAGGUGCUCGCCCCGUAUCUGCCAUGCAAAGCGAGGGAGCUUUAUGAAGGAAUCCGUCUUGUAAAGCCAUUGGUCCUGGUCAUCAGCCUCUACCCAAUGCUUUCGUGAUGCUGCCGCUGAUCUAUUUGGGAAGUUGGCUGGCUGGCGAGGCACAGCCUCUCCUCAAAGGCUGGCUCCCACGGAAAAUAUGCUCAGUGCAGCCGCGUGCAUGAAUGAAAACGCCGCCGGGCGCUUCUAGUCGGGCAAGAUGCAGCCAAGAACUCCGCUCGCACUGUGCGUUCUGCUGUCCCAGGUGUUCCUGCUCACAUCUGCAGAUGAUGUGGAGUGCACUCCUGGAUUUCAGCAGAAAUUGUUCCAUAUCCAUCAGCCUGUUGAGUUCAUCGAGGACCAGUCAGUUCUAAACUUGACAUUCAGUGACUGUAAGGGAAAUGACAAACUGCGCUAUGAGGUCUCAAGCCCGCACUUCAGGGUGAACAGCGAUGGCCACUUAGUCGCCCUGAGAAACAUAAGUGCAGUGGGCAGGACUCUGUUCAUCCACGCGAGGACUCCUCAUGCAGAAGAUAUGGCAGAACUCGUGAUUGUUGGGGGGAAAGACAUCCAGAGCUCCUUGCAGGAUAUAUUUAAAUUUGCCAGAACCUCUCCUGUGCCAAGACAAAAGAGGUCUAUUGUGGUGUCUCCCAUCCUGAUCCCAGAGAAUCAGAGACAGCCCUUCCCAAGAGAUGUUGGCAAGGUAGUCGAUAGUGACAGACCUGAAGGGUCCAAGUUCCGGCUCACUGGGAAGGGAGUGGAUCAAGAGCCUAAAGGAAUUUUCAGAAUCAAUGAGAACACAGGCAGCGUCUCUGUGACACGGACUCUGGACAGAGAAACGAUUGCUACUUAUCAACUGUUUGUGGAGACCACCGACGUCAGUGGCAAAACUCUCGAGGGACCUGUGCCUCUGGAAGUUAUUGUGAUUGAUCAGAAUGACAACAGACCAAUCUUUCGGGAAGGCCCCUAUGUUGGCCAUGUCAUGGAAGGGUCACCCACAGGGACCACAGUGAUGCGGAUGACAGCGUUUGAUGCUGAUGACCCAGCCACUGACAAUGCCCUCCUGCGGUAUAACAUCCGUCAGCAGACACCUGACAAGCCAUCUCCCAACAUGUUCUACAUCGAUCCUGAGAAAGGAGACAUUGUCACUGUUGUGUCACCUGCACUGCUGGACCGGGAGACUUUGGAAAAUCCCAAGUAUGAACUGAUCAUUGAAGCUCAGGAUAUGGCUGGCCUGGACGUUGGAUUGACAGGAACAGCUACAGCCACUAUUGUGAUCGAUGACAAAAAUGAUCACUCACCAAAAUUCACCAGGAAAGAGUUCCAAGCCACUGUGGAAGAAGGAGUUGUGGGGGUUAUUGUCAAUUUGACAGUGGAAGACAAGGACGAUCCCACAACAGGUGCAUGGAGAGCUGCCUACACCAUCAUCAAUGGAAACCCAGGGCAGAGCUUUGAAAUUCACACCAACCCACAGACCAAUGAGGGCAUGCUGUCUGUGGUCAAGCCCCUGGACUACGAGAUCUCUGCCUUUCAUACCCUGCUGAUCAAAGUGGAAAAUGAAGACCCACUAGUACCUGAUGUCUCCUAUGGCCCUAGCUCCACAGCAACUGUCCACAUCACUGUCCUGGAUGUCAAUGAGGGUCCCCUCUUCUACCCAGACCCCAUGAUGGUGACCAAGUGGGAGAACAUCUCUGUGGGCAGCGUGCUGCUGACGGUAAAUGCCACAGACCCAGACUCCCUGCAGCAUCAGACCAUCAGGUAUUCUGUUUACAAGGACCCAGCAGGCUGGCUGAAUAUUAAUCCCAUCAAUGGGACUGUUGAUACCACAGCUGUGCUGGACCGAGAGUCACCAUUUGUCCACAACAGUGUGUAUACUGCCCUCUUUCUGGCCAUCGACAGUGGCAACCCUCCCGCGACAGGCACUGGGACUUUGCUGAUAACCCUGGAAGAUGUGAAUGACAAUGCUCCCUUCAUCUACCCCACGGUGGCUGAGGUCUGUGACGAUGCUAAAAACCUCAGUGUGGUCAUUUUGGGAGCAUCAGACAAGGAUCUCCACCCAAAUACUGAUCCUUUCAAAUUUGAGAUCCAUAAACAAACUGUCCCUGAUAAAGUCUGGAAGAUCUCCAAGAUCAACAACACUCAUGCCCUGGUGAGCCUUCUUCAGAAUCUGAACAAAGCGAACUACAACUUGCCCAUCAUGGUGACAGAUUCAGGGAAACCCCCCAUGACGAACGUCACAGAUCUCAGGGUGCAGGUAUGCUCCUGUAAGAACUCCAAAGUGGACUGCAAUGCUGCAGAAACCCUGCACCUCAGCCUGACCUCACUGCUGCUCCUCUCGCUCCUCAGCAUAGUGGGUCUGUGAGAACUCCUGAAGUCUGAAGCUUGAAUCCCAAGUUUCCAUAGCAACAGGAAAAAGAAAAAAAAAAGUCUAUCCAAAUCUGAAGAUUGCCAGUUUACAACUCUCGAACUUCACAACUAGGCCUCGAUUGCUCCACCUGUUCCUUUUUUUCUUUUUCUUUUUUUUCUGCCAUUUCCCUUAGUCUAUACUUCUCCAUUUUGACAGCAUCUCCUUCCUCCUUUAAUUAAUGGAAUCCUCUGAACUUUCCCUGAAUGUUUAAAGAUCUUGGCCAUCUGGGAGCAGAAACAAUGACUACUUUUUCUGAUGUGUUGACAUAUUGCUAGCCAGCCUUCCACACGUGCACCUGUGUCUGUGGGUUCGUGUCUGUAUAUGAACGAGUAUGUGUGUAUAUACAUGGUAUUUAUGUGGGGCACUACAUGGAAGAAGCCUACUUUUGAGAUAUCAUUCUUCUUUGAAAGGUAAAAUAAGGAAGUCACAGUUCAGACAGUUGAGCUCUCCAGCACCUCAGCAAAAGGCACAGCACAAGUUCAGGCCAUCAAGCUGUCACUUUUGCUGCAAAGCUCCAUCUCCACCAGCCUGUUCUGUCUGAACACUGAGUGCUGAGCCAUCAGCCGGGCAGGUCCCCAGAGAGGGAGGGCAGAGAAACAAGUCCUUUCUCCUUAGUAUAAGGGCCGCCACCACUUCCCACUGCCACAUAAUGCCACGAUCUGGAGCCCAAGUGGCAAGGUGCAGGACAAGUAAUCUUGCCAUGAAAUGCUCUUAGGGGCACUAGUUUGAACUUGUAUGUACCCUGAGUCCACAGUCCCAUGGUUCUUGGGCAACACAGAUCAUGGUGGAGUCACUCUCCCUCUUUGGUGUAUGUAUGGUUGUAAAUGUCAUCAUGACAUACUUAUGAAGAGACCAACAGGUGUCACCUUGUAUACACAUAUAUACCCACAUGUAUAGACACACAUUAUGCACAUACACACCCUUUGUUUCAUAUAUACAGGCAUAAAAUAGAGUAAAUGCAGGUAGUUUUAAAAAGUACCCUUUUGUGUGACUCGACUACCGUUGUUUGCAAACCUGAAAAAUAAAAGAUGUUCACUAUGUA